AGUGCCAACAGUGAUCACGGCGUCUAUGCCAGAGUAACAGUGGCCUAGGCUCGGGAGGAAAGCAGCAGCAGCAGCAGUGCCUGUCUCGUGGCGUGACCCCCCAGCAGUGAAGUAUUACCCGCCAUGUCUGAGGGAGACGUGAGCCCCGGGGUGAUGGAGGACCAGGACGAGGUGUGCGUGGUGUGCUUCAGGAAGGUGGAGAUCUACAGUGUGGGCGAGUGUGACCACCCUGUGUGCUACGAGUGCUCCACCAGGAUGAGAGUUCUCUGCGCCAGGAACGAGUGCCCCAUCUGCAGGAAAGACAUCUCUAAGGUUGUUUUCACAUACACGGUGGUAGCAUUUGCCGACAUCAAGACUCGAAAUAUGCUAUUUGAACGACGCUAUGCUAUAUAUUUUGAAAACGAGACUGCAAUGAAGGCUUACGAUUCUCUGCUGCAACACACCUGCUUUUCCUGUGAUGAACAUCCCACUUUCCGAAAUUUCGCUCAACUCAAGGACCACAUGAGAAAGUAUCAUGAACGUUUCUACUGUGAACUUUGUGUGGAGCACCUCAAGAUAUUUACUCAUGAACGACGUUCAUACACUCGAUCGCAGUUAGCUCAGCAUAGACGCAAGGGUGAUACUGACGACAGAAGCCAUCGUGGACACCCACUUUGUGAAUUUUGUGAUGCAAGAUUCAUGGACAACGAUGACCUGUUCCGUCACUUGCGGCGAGAUCAUUUCUUUUGCCACUUUUGUGAUGCUGAUGGCUCCCAUCAGUACUAUGAUGACUAUAAUGCAUUACGAAAGCAUUUUCGUAAUGGCCACUACUUGUGUGAAGAAGGAGAUUGUCAAGAAGAGCGGUUUACAUCUGUAUUUCGCACCAAGCUGGAUUUACAAGCUCACUGUACCCAGACUCACAGCCAGAACAUGAGUAAGCAAGCUGCUCGACAAGCUCGUACUGUAGAUAUAGAAUUUACUGUUAACCACCGUCAACAAGACAGUCAUCGACAAGAUGACAGAGGUGGUAGAGGCGGCCGUGGAGGACGAGGAGGCCGGGGAGGAAGAGGUGGAAGGAGGGAUCGAGACAGAGACUACGAAGACCAGAGAUCAGUGGAUGAGGUGGACAGUAGACCUCCAGUCACGCAACAUUCCAUUGACAUAAACUGUGUGCAAGAUUUUCCAUCCUUAAACAGUAGUGGUCCAGGCUCUGGGGGAGAGGCUGGAGGAGGUACUGGAAAUAAUUCUAUGGCUACACAUGUAGCCAAACACAACAGACUUACUAUUAGGGCCAGAGGAGGAACAAAUCUAUUAGAAGACGAAUUUCCAAGUCUUGGCUCAACAAGUGUCACAGUAAGUACAGCCCAAGCAACAACUCAGUCCCCAACAUCACCCACAACUUCUGUACACCUUAAAGUUAACACCAAGAAAGCUCCUAGAGAUGCUCAAGGUGCCAGUUCCAGGAGCAGUAAUGUUUCAAUACAGUAUAACCGCACAGUACCUGCUGCAACCAAUGGUGGUAAAGCACUGCCUACUGAUGGAGAAAGCAGUAGACCGACAGGACCACAGAUUGGAGUUAUUUCACAUAGUAGCAAUAUAACUCUACAAAGCAUGGCCAAUGGAAAGCCUAAAUCGUUUGCUCCAUUUACUCCGGAAGAAGAUUUUCCUGCACUUGCAGUUGCAUCUAAAACAACCAAUGCUGGGUUGGGGUCAGCUGGUUGGGGGAGAACAGUGACACCACCUCCAACCAGUAUACCAACAAAGGUGUCAAAAACUGUAAUGAACGAUUUUCCUUCAUUGGGACCAUCCAUGGGUGCUCCAUCUGUAGCACCUUCAAAACCUGGAAAGAAGUUUAACGCAAAGGAUUUUCCAACGUUGGCCCCAAAUGUUGAAAGUCAAUCACACAUGCGUAAUUACCAUGGUCGCUCUAGCGUUACCAUCCCUGUUAGUAAUGCAUGGACUCACACUGUAGAGCAUGUACCUAAACCUACCGAGGCUAAUGAAAAUGCUGGGUCAAAAGGUAAGAAAAAGAAAAAAAUAAUUAAUAAGACAAGUUCACCAGACAUUAUCACUAGUAGUGGAAGCAUAGUUCAAGGAAAUGUAUCAAACUGUGUAGCAAAGGCAAAAUCGAGUACAAAAAAGAAACCACUUGGUUUGCAUAAUAUAUUUGAUGAUAGUGAUGAUGAAAAUGGCUUAAAGACUGAUUUGUCCAUGGGGAAAUUAGGGGACUAUCAGUCUGUAGCUCCUGUAUUAAACUCAAAUCUUCAGAUGAUUACAAAUGAUAUGGUUAGUGAAAGAAAAAAGUCUGAGCUAAAAAUUGGAACUUUGAAGUCUCCCCCACCAAAAAUGGAUAGUGAUGAGGCCUUCCCCACACUUGGGUUAUCUUCUCCUCCCUCACUACUGGCAACCUCUACAUGGUCCUCUCCAGCCAAGAAAUCUGCUCCCCCAGGGUUUGUUAGUAAACCAAAGGUUCCACCAGGUUUUAAUGCCACUGAUAUGACCUUCACCAGUAGCUCUGGGCAAAAGUUUGCUAUUUCUCCAACUUCAGAGUCUGCUGUCCCAUCUACAUUGACAGCGCAACCAACUGCAACCCAUUCCUUCCACCUACCUCCAGAGUUUGAGCUCCGAAACAAAACAUUAAUAAAAACGAUUCAUGACAAGUGCCAAGGAGAUGAUUACAAGUUUUCUCAGUUCAAGCUUUUGGCUGGUCAGCUAAGGAGUGGAGAAUUAUCUGGCCAUGCAUAUUAUGAGCAGUGUCGGGAAGUUAUGGGUAAGGCGAUCUUCCACAAGAUACUUCCAGAACUACUAGUCCUUUUGCCGGAUAUUAAGAAACAACAGGAAGUGCUAGCAGCUUACAGAAAACUUGAUGGAGGGAGGGGAUGCACGACUCUGUUUGCCGUGUGUGUGGUGUGCCACCAGGUGCUUUGCCAGGAGGACUUUGGUCAGCACAUGGAGACACAUGAUCAAACUACUGUAGAGUUUCCUUCCCUGGCUCAAGUAUCAUCACACAUGCUCAAGAAGUGAGUGAGAUAACUGUUAAGAUGGUGUGCAGUCUGGAGAAAUCACAAGGCAAUCAUUGGAAGCAACACCUCUUCACAAUCACACUUGUGUGGCAUAAUUAGAAAAUAAAGGAUGAAAAAUACGGCUUUAUUUUCUCAUCGUGUACAUAUGUAAAUUCUGAAAAAAAAUAGCAUGGCAAGAGACACUGGCAGUGGACAUCCCACUUAGCUUUCUGAAUAUUUAAUGAAACUCUAGAGGCUGUGUUUUGGUAUUGAAUAUUUAUUUUUAAUCAAAGAAAAUAAGUCUGUGAAAUGUGCAAGGUUUAAAACAAUGAGUGGUCAGAAUUUGCUUUGAUUUAAUAACUUUAGUGGUUGCAGUUUUUCCCAGGUCCUUCAGUUGAUGGUAAUUUGUUGUGGCAGGAGAACUAGUCUGUUCUGUUUUACAGUAAUUUGACAAGUACAAUGCUGUUAAAAUUGAUGGGGUUUCUCUAAGACAGUGAGCAUUUAUUUUGUACAUUUUAUUGCUUGUACAUCAUCUUGUCGUCAGUUAUGUACUAAUGCUGCAAAAUAAUUAUGGGCAAAAAAUAUUAAUUUGUUUUCUGACACAGAAAAUAUACAAAAUGCCUACAAAUGAGUUCACUUCCAGUGAUGACAUACAGGUUAAACAGCCAUGGUAAUCUAAUAUGAAAACACUCUUUUAUGAUGGCAUAAAUAAAAAAAUAAUAUUUGU